UAUUGGCUUCCAAAUGCACCACAGAGUUCCGCAAGUCCAGUCUGACGGUGUUUUGACGUUGGUGCAACUGAGCUCUUCAGUACAUCACACAAGUCCACAACCGAGGGAACUGUUCAACAUCUCGAACAGGACAGUAUAGCUGAAAAAAAUAAAAAGCCAGUGGACAAUGGCUUCUGAUUCUCCACGAAGACCAAGUCGAUGUGCUGGAGGGGUUCUGGUGCGAGCACAGGCUGUUACGGAGCAGUCUUACAUGGAGAGUGUGGUGACCUUUCUGCAGGAUGUGGUUCCACAGGCAUAUACUGGAGCUCCACCCACUGAUGAAAAAGAGAAAGUCAUCUGGGUACGGUUUGAGAAAGCUGACAUCAAUGACACUGCACGUAACCCAGAGUUUCUAGACCUGCAUAGUGGAGCUUCUGAACCUUCCCUCUGCCUCAUGAUUGGUUACAGUGAUGGCAUGCAGAUCUGGAGUGUAUCUGUGGCAGGAGAAGCCCAAGAAUUGUUCUCUGUGCGCCAUGGACCUGUGCGAGCUGCUCGCAUCCUGCCAUCACCUCACAUUGUUCCUCUGAAGACAGACAGUUUUUCUGACAAGAGGCCACUUUUAGGAGUCUGCAAGAGCACAGGGUCUUCUGGGACGAGCCCCCCCUACUGCUGCGCUGACCUCUAUUCUCUACGAACAGGGGAAAUGGUCAAGUCAAUUCAGUUCAAGACACCCAUCUAUGAGCUUCAUUGCAACAAACAAAUACUUGUUGUGAGCCUCCAAGAGAAGAUUGCAGCAUUUGACAGUUGCACGUUCACAAAGAAGUUCUUUAUCACAAGCUGCUAUCCCUGCACUGGCCCGAACCUCAACCCAAUAGCCCUGGGAAGUCGCUGGCUAGCCUAUGCUGAGAACAAGUUGAUAAGAUGUCACCAGUCUCAUGGAGGAGCAUGUGGUGACAAUGCACAGUCAUAUACAGCUACCGUGAUCAAUGCUGCCAAAACUUUGAAAACAGGUCUAACAAUGGUGGGCAAAGUGGUCACCCAGCUGGCAGGCACGCUGCCAGCAGUCACCCCAGAUGAAGAGGGCUCACCUCACAGCACGAGCCGCCGUAGCCCCUACAUCCCCGGUGUGGUUACUAUUAUUGACACACACAGUGUUGGUGAGGGACAGGUCUUGGUGAGUGAGGACUCGGAUGGUGAAGGAGUGGUGGCUCAUUUCCCAGCUCAUGACAAACCCAUAUCCUGUAUGCAGUUCAACCCCAGUGGUAUGCUGCUGGUGACUGCUGACACCGUGGGCCACGAUUUCCAUGUCUUCCAGAUUCUCACUCAUCCAUGGGCUUCCUCACAGAGUGCUGUUCAUCAUCUCUAUACUUUACAUCGUGGGGAAACCGAAGCCAAGGUCCAAGACAUGUGUUUCAGCCAAGACAGUCGCUGGGUAGCAAUCAGCACCCUUCGUGGCACAACUCACGUCUUUCCCAUCAACCCCUACGGUGGAGCACCCUGCGCCCGGACGCACAUGUCCCCACGGGUCGUCAACCGAAUGUCACGCUUCCAGAAGAGUGCUGGCCUGGAGGAGAUCGAACAGGAGCUGAAUAGGGUGGCUGUGUUAGGAGGAGCUGGAGGAGGAGGCAUAGGAGGAGGUGGUUGCAUCCUAGGUGGAGGUGGGGGCAUCGGAGGCCGCUGUAGUCCAAUACCUGGACUGUCCAGCAGCCCCUCGGGAUCUCCACUGCAUGCCAAGCUGAACAACCAGGAUUCAUUCAACAAUUUAUCCAACAACAACAUGGGGAAUCCCCGGCUUUCCCCUAUGCCCAGCCUCACUGUGGUUCUGCCUCUGGCUCAGAUCAAGCAGCCCAUGGCCCUGUGUACCAUCACCAAGCGCACCGGGCCGUACCUCUUUGGGGCGGGAUGUUUUGCUAUUAAAACUCCAUGCAAAGCUAAGCCACCACCUCAGAUCUCCCCGAGCAAGUCCAGUGGAGGAGAGUUCUGUGUGGCUGCCAUCUUUGGCUCCUCUCGCUCUUGGUUCAUCACCAAUCCCAGCAUGAAAAGAGAUAAAGAUCAAUCCAAGCAGUCAGUUGUUGAGUCACUGUACAUCAUCAGUUGCUAUGGUAACCUGGUGGAGCAUGUUCUUGAGCCUCGGCCAAUUAGCACUGCUCAAAAGAUUAGUGAUGACACCCCCUUGGAGCUUAGCACCUGUCCAAGGGCCUGCUGGACUCUAGCCAGAACACCACAAUGGAAUGAGCUGCAGCCACCCUUCAACUCCAACCACCCUCUGGUGUUGGCUUCAGACCUGGUGCAGUACUAUCAAUACCUUCUGGCUGCGUCAGCUAUGCCCCCAGGAAUCCAAGGCCCCAUGACGCGUUACGAGUCCUCAGACAGCCUGGCAUCGGACCACAGUGGCCAGGAGGACGAGGAGUGGCUCUCUCAGGUUGAGAUUGUGACACAUACAGGACCCCACCGACGCUUAUGGAUGGGCCCUCAGUUUCAGUUUAAGACCAUCCACCCUUCAGGCCAGACUACAGUCAUCUCCUCCUCAUCAUCUGUGCUUCAGUCCCAUGGCCCCACUGAUGUCCAGCAGCCACUCCUGGACUUUGACACAGAUGACCUGGACCUACACAGCCUCAGGAUCCAGCCGGUACGUUCAGAGCCAGUGAGCAUGCCUGGCUCGUCACGGCUGGUAGCCGAGCGUCGUGGGCAGACCAACAUCAUGGACAUGGGGUCAGUUAACUGAGCGCUGCAGCUUUCUUUGGCUUCGCCCCCAAAAGCUUUGAUUGGUUGAGAAGCUUACCUCAGGCCAGUACUGAUCAACAGCCCUCUCCUCUUGUGACCCUUCUGUCGUCCGUAUGAGUAUUCAGAGCCAGGGAGCAACGGACUUUCCAAAUAUUAAUAAUGAAAAUAUACUGUGUUAACACUCACUCAACACAUUGUCGACGUUAAUAAAGUCUUGUAUUAACACGCAUUUGACAUGUUAGCUAACCCUAGUUUUAACUAGACAAAACCUGAUCACAUUGUUUAAUACAUUGGAGAAUAAAGACAACUAGAUAAAGCAUGUGUUCUUGAAGAAUUGCAGGAAAUAGCUGAAACAUGACAAGCAUAGAUGACUGUAUCUCAAGAGAAUCAGUAGUUGUCCAGUUGAAGCUGGAGUAGUUGAUUUUCAAACGGAGGAAACUUUAAAAAGAUUUGCUGAAAUUAAUAAACUGCCAAAAAAAUGCCAAAAGUGUGUAAAUGUUUGAACAGUUUAAUGGAAUAUAGCUUAAUGUAUCCAAAAAGAUCUGGAUUGGGGCUUUUAUUUUGAAAGGAUUUGGAGUAGCUGUGUGUGCUUAAUAGCUUAGCUAUAGCUAGCUAGCUAGUAAACACACACAGCGCAAGUAGUCUCAUUUUCUAGUCACAUUUACACAUUCAAAAACAAAACUGGUGCUAAUAAAGCUGAAAAAUUGAAUUGGUGCUUUUUUUUAAAGGAUUCAGAGGAAGUGUUUGAUUAAUUACUAGUGUAAUGAACUAAAAAAAGGAAUUUCUUGAGAAAUUACGUGGGAGAGCUGAUCUGCUGCCGCAACGAUGACAAACGCUGAUUAGGCUGCUGACAACACAAAGUUAACUGCGACAAACAAUUAAAACGAUAAAACGUUGACGAAGACGAAACAACCGUUCUUGUGUUUGUAGUGUUAUAUUUAAAGUUAGAAUUAAAAAAAAUUUAUAACUUUGGUGAAAGUAAUUUAGCAUCUUGUUAUUUAUGGUUAUAAUGUGUUCUUGUUGUUUUGUGUGGUACACCAUGAGUGAGGAGAGUGUACUGUAUGUGAGUGGCCCUCAGCAAGCAGUGAUAUGUUGGGUGUGUGAUCAAUAAAUGGGAUUUGCUUUCUACUAAGGGAGCACACCAAGAGAGACCAUGUUUCCAUGUCUGUUUGCCUGCAAGAUUAAUCUGAGUUCCUGCAGCAAUUGAGAAGUAGAUGAUUUCACCUAUAGUUAACACAGAAUUUAACUGACUUUUACUGUCAUAACUUAUCAUUCAAAAGCAAAAAUAUCCCUAUUAAAGCAAAAGAUUUACAUUAAGCCCUUUCAGAAAAAAAGCACAUAAUAAGUGUGUGUGUGUGGUUAUUUGCUGAACUGUAAAAUAGUCUCAUUAAGGAUUGGUAAUUAUUCAGUCAGAACCAGAAACUUAAAGCAAAUGUAUUGCAGUCGUGCUUUCAUUUUGAAAGUAUUGCGGAAAUGUGUGGGGGUAUUAACGUAACUGUCACUUAGUCUUUAAAUAGUCAUAAUUACCCAGCCAAAAGCAGAAAUAUUGCUAUCUAAUCUAAUUAUUUGGCUUGGUGAUUUUAUUUUAAAAGAAAUUAGAGGAAGUGUGUGCUUAAUUACUACACAAUCCAAUAGUGCAGUGAUCAACAAUAAUCAGUAAUAAACAUGGAACUGCUUUGUACACUGAGCAUCAGGAGUUUGAACUGUCAGUCAAAUCUGCAGCUGCUCCGUUGCCAUGGAGACGAAAGUCGGGAAAAUCAGGCUCACUCUGCUCUGUGAAAGCAGCAAACUUCAGUUUUAAUGCUGAUAAAUAGGCUUAUUCCAGCAAAACUAUUAUAGGUAUGACAGAACUACAGUAACUUGACUUUAUGAAUUCCAAGGCUUCAAUGAGCAACUGGUUUGAAUUUUAUGUGUAAGCACUCAAGAUUGUGGUCACACUCACAAUUUCAAAAUGUGUCUGCUUUUGCGUUUUUCCCCAGACGUCUGGGGGGAAUUGUCAUUACAGUCUAUGGGGGAAAUUCAGGAUCUCUGUGCUUUGAAGUCGAUAGCGACUAAAGUAUAGGUCUGACAGCUUAGCCAGACAUCACAUUAGAAAGAAGACAAGUAUGACUACAAACACAAGUAAAAAAUAUGUUGAUAGUGAAAAUUGUGGCUGUAAUGACAAGUUGAAAACAGAAGUUCUGUCUUAAAAAAACGUGCCCUCACACUCUAGCUCACGCAAUACACACUAAUGGUAACGCUGAAGAAUCACUGAAAACCACACGAUAUUUAAACGCUCACAAGGUGAAAAGUAUAGGAGAUAUAAGGACGCUGAUUUACAAGGAGAAAGUUGCAUGAUGAUAGACACUUUUGAAGUUUAAAUGACGUUUCUACACCAAAGAAUGACAAUGACAGAAACCGAUGAAAAUAGCCAAGUUUACAAAAAGUUGAAGAAUGAUGAUUCCAUAAAUGACUAUUUAAAAAACGCUAAAAAAGUUGAAUAAAGUUAUAAGUUGAAAAGCUGAAAUAGUUGCUGAAAAGUAAUAGCCCCCAUCUCCUAAAGAUAACACCCUUUAGAAAGUUAAACGAUGAUCCUACGAUGAAGCGUUGAGCCGAUGAAAGUGACCGUAUUUGGAGAUGGUGUGUGCUGAAUUGCUAUGAAAUAGUCUUAUUACCUAGUCUUAGUUAAACUUUCAAAGGUGGAAAUAGUGCUAUGAAAGCUAAAUAUUUGGACUGGUGCUUUUUUUAAAAGGAUUUUGAGGUGUGCGUAUGCUUGGGACCUAAACUUUAAAAUAGUCCUGUUAACUAAACACAAUUACCUAUUAAACAGCAAAAAUAGUGCUAUUAGGGCUAAAUUUAGAGAUUGGUACAUUUAUUAUAACUUGGACGACCUGUAUAUGCUUAAACAAAAAGCUGAAGGUUGCAAUAGUUGCAAUAGUAGUCAUAACAAACCAGUUGAAAGGAGAAAUAUUGCUAUAUUAUAUCUAAUUAACUAUUUGUAAUUAAUCAGUUGAAACAUUACUGAAACGAGGUGAUGAGUUGAAUGUAGCUGAUUCGAUCUGCAAAAUAAUAGGGGCAAGCCAAGGACUACAGGAUAUACUGUAGCUGAAAUAGGACAUAGCUGAAGAGCUGUCUCCACAUGGAGAGAUAUGUUUGUGUGUUUGUGUGUGUGUGUGUGUGUGUGUGUGUGUGUGUGUGUGUGUGUGUGUGUGUGUGUGUGUGUGUGUGUGUUUGUGUGUGUGUGUGUGUGUGUGUGUGUGUGUGUGUGAAUAUAAAAUAUUUAUUGGUUUAAACAACGACUUGAGAGUUGCAACAGUCCCAAAAGGGUAAACCUAUGCAAAUGAGAACAUUUUAAUACAAAAUCAUGAAUCAAUAAUUGCAAUUUCAAUUUUAACAUAUUGUAGUGGCCCACAGCGGUUAGUCCCGCCCUGAGCCACUAAGGCUUAUGGGUAAAAGAACUGUUCUUGUAUUUGUAGUGUUAAAGGUAAAGUUAGGAUUAAACAAACUGUAUAAUUUUGGUGAAAUUAAUUUAGCCUUUUGUUCAUGUGUGGUUGUAAUGUGUUCUUGUUGUUUUGUGUGGUACACCCUGAGUCAGGAGAGUGUGUGUGGGAGUGACCAUCAAUGAGCAGUGAUUUGUUGGGUGUGUGAAAAAUAAACAGGAUUUGCUUUCUACUAAAGGAGCACCCCAAGAGAAGCUAUCUCUCUUGUCUGUUUACCUGCACAGACUAAUCUUAAAUCCUGCUGUUAACUGUAGUUAAGUACAGGAAUUAACUGGACUGUCAGUUAAUUGACCUAACUUAACUCUUGUUCCAGUCAGUCCAGAAGGACUGUUUCAGUACUAAAUGUUGCUACAAUGUUGAAAAUGCAAAUCUAUGUGAAUAUUUUAACACAAAAUCAUGCAUCAAUCAUUUUCUACUGUAUAAGCAAAAGGACAAAGCUGAAGAGCAUUCAGUGAUUAAAAAACAAUUUAAAUAAAAUUUUGAUAAUAUUGGCAUACUUUAAAAUAUUGUAAUUAAACAUAAAGAUUAGUCUCUUAUGUCAACAUGAAGAGUCUAAUGCAAUAAUUGUUCAUUAAUCAAUGCAAUGAUUAACACCAGUUCCUGUUAUGGUGCAUCACCCACAAUGCAUUGUGCUAUAAGUUUGCAUAUAUUGUUGAAUGCUGUAAUGUAGAAUUAAUUCCUUAAAGACACCCCUCAAGUAUAUUAAAAACCAGGUAGUUUUAAAAAAGCUUAAUGUCUACACCCGCUCUUAUGGGGCAUCAACAGUGCAAUGAACUCAUCAGUGAUAUGCAUAGAGAUGCUGUGGACACUGAGCAUUAGGAGUUUGACUUGUAAGUCAAAGUGCUACUGAGCUCAAUCCCUUAUCUGCUGCAGCUGCAUCAUUGUCAUGGUACCUCCACUGAUCAGCACAAAAAGCAAAGGUUAUCACAAAAAUAACUUAACUUUAUGAAUCCCAAGGCUUCAAUGAGCAACUGGUGUGAGUUUAAAGCUUGAGGAGUGAAAAUUGUGGCCACAGUUGCAAUUUAAAAAUGCCUGCCUGAGUUAAAGAGAGAGGUUCUGUCUUAAAAAACGUUCCUUCACACUCUAGCUGUGACUUCACGCACUUUAGCUCACGCAAUACACACUAAUGUAAAAGCUGAGGAUUGACCAAAAACCACUCAAUAUUCGAUUGGGAACAUAU